AGCGAAGAAAAAAGAGAAAAAAGUGGAGAGAGCCUCCAACUCUUUGUAUUGAAGGCCACACAAUCUGAGACUCUUCUCCUUCUGUUUCUCCUCUUAUUCAGCUUCAUUUCCUUUAACUCACAUACCCUAAUUACCAAUCUUCUCCUGCUUUCCUUCUAUUCUCAUUCAGAGAAUGGCUGGUACAUUAUUCUGAUCAAAUCAAUUUAAUCGGAGACCAGAUUCGCAUCGCGCUUUGAGUCGCCGUUGAUACACACAAAGAGGAAUAUAGAACAAUGUCGUGUUCGUCUUCGUCGGCGUCUGAGUCAGAGGACGAUGAGGGAAUUGACUCUUACAGGAAAGGUGGUUAUCAUGCUGUUAGAGUCGGCGAUCAGUUUUCUGGCGGCCGUUAUAUAGCACAGAGGAAGCUUGGCUGGGGCCAUUUCUCCACCGUCUGGCUCGUUUAUGAUACUCGAUCGUCUAAUUAUGUUGCACUUAAAAUCCAGAAAAGCGCAGUACAAUUCGCUGAAGCUGCUCUUCACGAAAUUGAAGUCCUCUCAGCUAUAGCUCAUGGUGAUCCCUCCAAUUCCAAAUGUGUUGUGCGACUGAUUGACCACUUCAAGCAUGCAGGGCCGAAUGGGCAGCAUCACUGCAUGGUCCUUGAAUUUCUUGGUGACAGCUUGCUCCGGCUGAUCAGACAUAGUCGUUACAAAGGUCUACCAUUGAAUAAAGUUAGAGAGAUAUGCAAAUGCAUUUUAAUAGGCCUGGAUUACUUGCAUCGGGAACUUGGUUUGAUCCACACUGACCUAAAACCCGAAAAUAUUCUUCUCUAUUCCACAAUUGAUCCUGCCAAGGAUCCUAUUAGAUCUGGGCUCACACCAAUUCUUCAAAGGCCUGAAGGUAGCCUUAAUGGUGGAUCUACAAUGAAUCUCAUUGAAAAGAAACUAAAAAGGAGAGCAAAGAGGGCAGUUGCUAAGAUUGCAGAAAGAAGAGGUUCAACGGGAGGAGCUGGGAGAAAACCAGGGAAAUGCUUAGAUGGGGUUGAUGUCAGGUGCAAGGUUGUUGAUUUGGGAAAUGCAUGUUGGGCUGAUAAGCAGUUUACAGGAGAGAUUCAGACCAGGCAGUAUAGAGCUCCUGAAGUCAUUCUGCAGUCUGGAUAUUCCUUGUCUGCUGAUAUGUGGUCAUUUGGUUGCACUGCUUUUGAGCUUGCUACUGGUGACAUGAUGUUUGCUCCUAAGGCUGGACAGGGAUUUUGUGAGGAUGAGGAUCACCUUGCUCUAAUGAUGGAACUCCUUGGGAAGAUGCCCCGAAAGAUAGCUGUUGGAGGAGCUCGAUCCAAGGAUCUCUUCAAUAGGUAUGGGGACCUAAAAAGGAUUCGAAGACUGAAGUUUCGGCCACUUGAUCGCUUGCUCGUUGAUAAAUACAAAUUUUCUGAUAAUGAAGCUCGGGAGUUUGCAGAAUUUCUUUUUCCCCUUCUCGAUUUUGCACCAGAGAAGCGGCCCACUGCUCAGCAGUGCCUGCAACACACCUGGCUUAAUCUCUGUAGUUCUGCUCAGACUGAGAUGAAAAACGAAGGUGAUAUAGCAAAGUUGCAUGUAGGGAUGAGCAACCUCCAAAUAAAGGGGGGCAAGUGAAGAAGGGAUCCAGGGUGUUUGCACCAUUGUCAAAUCCCUCCCUCCACCUAUACAUAUGGAUAUUAAUUGUUUUCUUUUUGUUACAUUUGUAAUAAGAUUUUUUUUUAUUAAUAUUGAUUAACUAAAAUGUAAAAUAGUAAUUGAAGUAGUGGCUGAUGCCCUAACCAGUAGAGAAUACACAUGCUUUUUCCACAUAUGUAAUUGAUUUUGACUUUCAUAUAUCAGUGAAGAUUGUGUCACACCAUAAAGGGAAUAUCCCCUGUUUGAAAAGAAUCAUCAAUUUGAUUGAAUUUUCUUAAAUAGAUCUUUCGAUUGGUUUGCUUCUUUUUGGAUAGUACCAUUUAUGAGAUUGAGGCAUUUAUAGCUGGUUAUUGAACUU